AAAAACUAAAAUUUCAUGGCAUUUUUUUAUAAUAUGUCUAUUUGUUUGUUUCAUGAUCAUCUGGUUUGUUUGACCUUGUAGACUUUUCGUCUGUCUUUCUUUUCCAAAAUGGAAACUCUACAAAUUCCCUUUCUUUUGUUUUUGGCUUUCAAUAUCUUUAUGUAAGUUGUAAAUAGUAAGCUAACAAGGAUCACAUUUACAUCACUCAAUCAAAAGACACUUUUAAAACUUUCCCAAGAAAACCGUUUUAACUUUGUGCAUAUAUGUAACUAAAGGUUUAUACUUGAGUGGUUGAUUUUUGAUGUGGGUAUUGCUGCUUAAUCAAGAAUGCCAGGAGGAGACAGAAGAAGAAGAAAAGGGAGAGUUAGUUUCACUGUUGAAGAAGCUGUUGAGUUCUUGAAUCAUCUUUAUGCAGAGAAGCCUGUUUUGCCUUUUUUAAUUCCUUUAUUUUUUAUUUUUUGGUGUGUCGAGAGAUGGGUUUUCUCUCUCUCCAAUUGGGUUCCUCUUGUUCUUGCUGUUUGGGCUACUGUUCAGUAUUACAUCCAUCAACGUCAAAUACUUGUGGAAGACCUGAAUAGAAAAUGGAAGCGGGUUGUAUUGAGCACCUCGCCAAUAACACCAGUGGAACACUGCGAGUGGCUGAACAAGCUGUUAUUGGAAGUUUGGCUCAACUACAUACACCCAAAACUUUCAACAAGGUUCUCAUCCAUGGUUGAGAAACGUUUAAAGCAGCGUAAGUCAAAACUUAUAGAGAGAGUUGAAUUACAGGAGUUUUCGCUAGGUUCAUUCCCUCCUUGCUUUGGUCUUCAAGGCACUCAUUGGUCAACUUCGGGUGAUCAGCGGUUUAUGCGUAUCGGUUUUGAUUGGGAUACCAGUGACAUAAGCAUUAUGCUGCUGGCUAAGCUGGCCAAGCCUAUGGGAACUGCUCGGAUUGUUAUUAACAGCCUCCACAUAAAGGGCGAUCUUCUUUUGAUGCCUGUUGUGGAUGGAAGAGCAAUCUUGUACUCAUUUAUAUCAGCUCCAGAAGUAAGAAUAGGAGUGGCCUUUGGAAGUGGCGGAAGCCAAUCCCUACCUGCUACAGAGCUGCCUGGGGUUUCUUCUUGGCUGGUCAAAAUUCUCACUGACACCUUAGUUAAGACAAUGGUUGAACCUCGCCGCCGUUGUUACUCUUUACCAGCAGUGGAUUUAAGGAAAAAGGCUGUUGGCGGAGUUAUUCACGUGACAGUCAUUUCUGCUAGAAAACUUUGUACGAGUCCCUUUAGAGGAAGCCCUUCAAGAAAGCAACAGAAUUGUUCUGUAAAUUGUAGUUCAGAAGAGCAUUUUGACGAUAAAGAUCUGCAAACUUUUGUGGAGGUUGAGCUUGAACAGUUAACAAGGAGAACCAAUGUCAGACCAGGCUCAAGUCCAAGAUGGGAUUCAACAUUUAAUAUGGUUUUACAUGAAGAAACUGGAAUUCUUCGUUUUCAUCUUUAUAACUGUACCCCCAACAAUGUGAAGUUUGACUAUUUAGCAAGUUGCGAGAUUAAGCUAAAGUAUGUUGCAGAUGAUUCAACAAUGUUUUGGGCAGUAGGGCACAACUCAGGGGUAAUUGCUGAGCUUGCUGAGAUUUGUGGAAAAGAAGUGGAGAUGGCUGUUCCAUUUGAGGGUGUUAAUUCAGGGGAGUUGAUAGUCAAGCUUGUGUUGAAAGAAUGGCAAUUCUCCGAUGGCUCACAUAGCUUCAACAAGUUCCCUGUUAGCUCUCGAAAGUCAAUGACUGGAUUAUCAAAUCUUGUUUCUAGAACAGGAAGAAAAAUUAAUGUGGUUGUUGUGGAGGGAAAGGAUCUUAGCGCAAAAGAAAAAUCUGGAAAAUGUGAUCCAUAUGUUAAACUGCAGUAUGGAAAGGCUAUUCAGAGAACAAGGACUGCAACUGCUUCUAAUGCCAUCUGGAAUCAGAAGUUUGAAUUUGAUGAGAUUGAAGGUGGGGAGUGCCUUAUGAUUAAAUGUUAUAGCGAAGAAAUGUUUGGAGAUGACGGCAUGGGUAGUGCACGAGUAAGUUUGGAAGGACUGGUGGAGGGUUCAAUAAGGGACGUGUGGGUUCCCCUUGAAAAAGUGAGCUCUGGAGAAUUGAGGCUUCAAAUUGAAGCAGUGAGAGUUGAUGAUUAUGAAGGCUCAAAGGGUUCUAUUGCAGGUUCAAAGAAUGGAUGGAUUGAACUUGUUCUAAUUGAAGCAAAGGACCUUAUUGCUGCUGAUCUUAGAGGGACAAGCGAUCCAUAUGUCAGGGUGCAAUAUGGAAACUUGAAGAAGAGAACAAAGGUUAUGUAUAAAACUCUGAAUCCUCAGUGGAAUCAGACCUUAGAGUUCCCUGAUGAUGGCAGCCCCUUGAUGUUACAUGUGAAAGACCACAAUGCUUUGCUGCCGACAUCAAGCAUAGGUGACUGUGUUGUAGAAUAUCAGGGAUUGCCACCAAACCAGAUGUCUGACAAGUGGAUACCACUGCAAGGAGUGAAGAGGGGAGAGAUCCAUGUUAAAGUUACUAGGAAAAUUCCAGAAAUUCAGAAGCGACCUAGUUUGGAUUCUGAAGCAUCUUUAACUAAAUCACACCAGUUUUCUAGUCAGAUGAAACAGAUGAUGAUCAAAUUUCAUUCAUUGAUCGAGGACGGCGAUCUCGAAGGACUAUCAACUGCUUUGAGUGAGAUGGAAGGCAUAGAGGAGAUGCAAGAAGAAUACAUGGUACAACUUGAGAUGGAGCAAACACUUCUACUAGAGAAAAUAAAGGAGCUUGGUCAGGAAAUUUUUAGCUCAUCAACUUCCUUUAGCAGAAUGUCUUCUGGGCUGUGAAAUGAGUGGCCAUUUUAACCUCAUUUCUUCUUCUUCAUCAUCUUAUUAUUAUUGCUAUUGUUAUUAUCAUCCUCAUUGCACAAUUUCCUGUACAAAGAAUUAAUUCCACUUAAAAUAGGUUACACAAAUCUCCUACUACAAAGUCCUUACUUUGGCCACCUUCAUGCUGUUAUUGGACUCCUGUUUAUUUAUCUAAUCGACAAAGAGAAAGAGAGGAAGGGUGAUACAGGAAGCAAUUGAUCUCU